AUGGCGAGGAUUCGAGUCGUGGGCGACGUGUGUGGGAUGGGUCCGAUGGAGUUGAGAAGCAUAAUGGCGCAAGCGCACGGGUGGCGGCGAGACGAGCCGCGGUACUGGUACGCGGGGCGGUGGCAGACGAACCGGCAGCUCUACCUCGCCUUGGAGAUCGUGCGAAAGCAGUUACCACGCGACGCCGUCGUGUGCGCGCUGGCGGCGGUGCACGGCCAAGUGCCGUGCCUGCACGCGCCGUGCGUGCUGACCCUGCACGUGCGGCCGUACUACUCGGAUUUCAGCGUGCUGAAGCAGCUCGUCGAGAUGGAUGAGUUCGGGUUCAUCAAACACUUUCGACCGCGAACUGUCCUGGAUGCAGCCGUCGUCACGUUUUUCGUCCGCUGGUUUUUCUCCUCGUUCCCAGGAGCCAACGUGGGGUAUGCGACGCUCAUAUUCUCCACCUUCUUCCCCAACGCUACUGUGGUCGCCAUAGAGGCGAGCGACAAGAACUUUGAGGUGUUACGCCGUAACACGUAUCGCCUGCGCAACGUUUAUGCGGUGCAUGCGGGGUUGUUUAACCACUCUGGGAUGGUGCUGCUAAGAAAUGGGACACAAACGAAGACGAGGGAGGGGUGGCAGUAUGUGGUUACGCCAGUGCCCUCUAAUAGCAGCGGUGAUACAAACGAAGGUGAUACUAACGAGCAUGUUCAGGAGGGAGUAGAGGGUGAAGCGAAGAGCAGCAACAGCAGCGGAGUGGCAAGCACGGUGGCAGCUGAGGGGGGUGUUACUAUCCGUGCUGUGACUGUAGGCGAUGUGCUAAAGCAGGUUGGGUUGGCGAGAUUUGAUUUCGUGAAGAUGGAUAUUGAGGGUUCCGAGGCUGAAGUGCUGGCCAUGCCACCAAUGGCAUCCGACUCGGAUGUGACUGAAUCGAAUGCAGAUUCCUCUGCCUCUGGUGAAAUAAGCAGCAGCAAUGGCAGUGACAAUAGCAGCAGCAGCAGCGGCGGCAGUAGCAGCAGCAGCAGCGGUGGCAGUAGCAGCAGCAGCAGCAGCAGGACCAGUAGCACAGCUGACAUCAGCAGGAAAUCUGAUUGGUACGACCCUAGGCCGUGGUUGGAUGAGGUGCGGGUGAUGGCAGUAGAAGUGCACGACCGCAUGAAGCCAAAUUGCACCGUUACUGUAGAGGCUGCUACUGUAGCGCGGCAGUGGCGGCUGCUAGCGCGAUCAGGAGAGUAUCUUGUGCUUGAGAAUGAGAGGUGGAGUGUGAGGAGGGGGAGGCGAGGAGGGGCGGCGGGGCAGAGGGCGGAAGACAGGGAGAAGUUGAGGGAGGUGCAAAGGAAGGAAGGGGAGAGGAGGAAGGAGGGGACAAAGGAGGAGGGGAGGGUGCAGCAAGGAGCGCAGGCAGGUUCAGGAGAGGGGCAAAGGGGGGAGGUAAAAGCAAGACGAUAG